AUGCCCCCCCCCCCCAAGAUCAUCCGCUACAUUUCAUCCCCCCCUCUCUACAUUUCCCUACUCCCUCCUUCCCCCUAUUUACCAAAGCACGUGUCCCAGCUCACAUAUUCGGGCCUUUCGUCAGGAGGCGCGCCGUUCCUACACCCAGCGAGACAUUGCCAUGAAGGCGUCCUAUUCCCUGGGGAGGAUAGGUCUCCCACCACCCCGUCCUUCCAGCUCUUGGCGAACUAUACUGUAGAUCAUUCGGAACGGACGCCGACUACAGUUGUCGCUGCGAAGAGCCGAUUCGGACUUGGACCGCCAAGCCACAAAGUCAUGAACCGCCAGCCAUGCGACCCUUGUCGGCCUGAAGGCGCUGGAGUCGCUGCCCUGGGAUGCGCAUACCUCGAGGCCAUCGAUGCCCUCCCGGGAACCACUCUCGAGGGAGGGGGUGAGGAUGACUCGAGGUCAUUUGUCGCCUACGACUGA